ACUCUGGGAGAAAAUAAGGUCACUGGGACAAUACACGUUCUGAGACACGGACGAUAAGAUUCACCUACAUCCCCAAACCACUAUUUCCCCAGAGAGAGGACAUCUACAUGAGGGAAUACGGAGGAUACUGGAAUACUGCCACUUCCACCAGCUGCUGACUUCACACGCUGAACAGAAGUUUUACAAGAGCGAAGACUCAAAGUGAAACUAAAUUUCAGGAAACAGGGAGUGGCUGAGCUGUCUGCCUGCUGUGAUUUCAGCCUCACUCAGAGACGAAAUGGCUUCAAGACUGGAAAAAGAUUUCUGCUGUUCUGUCUGUCAGGAAGUGUUUAAUAAUCCUGUUGUCCUGUCAUGUAGCCACAGCUUCUGUAGAGACUGUCUGCAGAGCUGGUGGAGAGAGAAACGAACACGCGAGUGUCCACUCUGUAACAGAAGAUCUUCAAAGCCAGAUCCACCUUUAAACCUGGUGUUAAGGAACCUGUGUGAGAGUUUGUUACAGGAGAGAGAUCAGAGAGCCUCAGGGGCUCUCUGCAGUCUGCACUCUGAGAAACUCAAACUCUUCUGUCUGGACCAUCAGCAGCCGGUGUGUGUCGUCUGCAGAGAUUCAGACAAACACACCAACCACAGAUUCAAACCCAUCAAUGAAGCUGCACGACAACACAAGGAGGAACUUCAGGAAACUCUGGAGUCUUUAAAGGAGAAAUUAAAGUUUUCUGAACAUGUUAAGGAGGAAUGUGAUCAAACAGCAGAACACAUUCAGGUCCAGGCCCGACGCACAGAGAGGCAGAUUAAGGAGCAGUUUAAGGAGCUUCACCAGUUUCUAGAAGAGGAAGAGGAGGCCAGGAUGGCUGCACUGAGGGAGGAAGAGGAGCAGAAGAGUCAGAUGAUGAAGGAGAAGAUGGAGGCUCUGAGCAGAGAGAUAGCAGCUCUUUCAGACACAGUCAGAGCCACAGAGGACGAGCUGAGAGCUGAAGACGUCUCAUUCCUGCUCAACUACAAGGCUGCAGUGGACAGAGUCCAGCAGCGCCCCCUGCUGGAUGAUCCACAGCUGCCCUCAGGAGCUCUGAUAGACGAGGCCAAACACCUGGGCAACCUGACCUUCAACAUCUGGAACAAGAUGAGGAACGUGGUCUCCUACACUCCUGUGAUUCUGGACCCAAACACUGCUGAUCCAUAUCUAGCGCUAUCUGAAGAUCUGACCAGUGUGACACCAGGACAGAAACAGCAGCUUCCCGAUAAUCCAGAGAGAAUAAAAUACUGGUCAGUCCUGGGCUCUGAGGGCUUUGACUCAGGGACUCACAGCUGGGAUGUCGACGUUGGAUACAGUAAAGGCUGGACACUGGGUGUGUUAGCAGAGUCCGUCCAGAGGAAGGAACCCAUACAGUCUGGAUUAUGGACAAUACGGUUCUGUGGAGAGAAAUACAGAGUGUUCUCCCCACCAGAUCCAGAAACUGUUCUUGUAACGUGGCAGCGGUUCCAGAGAAUCAGAGUGAAUCUGGACUGGGACAGAGGAGAACUGUCGUUCUUUGAUCCUGAUACUAACACACACAUACACACCUUCACACACACUUUCAAUGAGAGGCUGUUUCCAUUUAUAAAAACUGUGAUUCUCCCGAUGAGGGUUUUACCAAUGAAGGUCUCUGUGACCAUAACAACAGAAAAAGAUGAUGAUGAUGAUGAUGAUGAUGAUGAUGAUGAUUGUCGUCGUCGUCAUCAUCAUCAUGGUGAUGGUAGUGAUGAUGAUAAUUAUGAUGACUAUUAAUCAGUGUGUGACUGUGUUGUUCUGGUGAUAUUGUUGGUUGUCAUGGUGAUGAGGAUGACAUCUACAGUACAACAACAAAUAAGAAACGUGUAAAGAUGUUGGAUUUAGAGUCAAAGACUUUAAAACAACAGGCAAAUAGUAUUAACUAACAAAAAAUCAAUAACUUUUCAUGCGUUUUAAGAUUAUUUUCGUUCAUGUCAAUUUAUUUUUCUGAAUGGUCUGAUCAGUAUGUUUAUUUUAAUAUAGGCCAGAAACAGCGACUGAACAUGGUUGACUUGCAUCAGGUUGAUAGAAUGCUAGAAAAUAAAUUACACUUACAUUUACAAAUCUGGACCAUUUGCUUCAUGAUUAGAUGGUAACUAAUUUGCCAUUUGCAAAUUACUCAAUUGGCUAAAGUUACGAAGCAACCAACAGCAGAUCCACGCGGUGUAGCUGUUACAGCUAGCUCUUUAACUUCAGCUUAGGUUAAGAUUAGCUAUAGUCGGUUGCAUCAACCAUGCUUAUUUGUUAUUUGGCAACCAAGCUGACUAUCAUAGGCAUGCACUGAGAUUUUGUUAGCAAUAAUGUUAAACAGUAAGGUUAAGGUUAGCCAGCUAGAUGUAUUUUAACUAUGCUGUGUUGAUCUGGCAUUGGUUGCUACGUAAAGUAUAAUAUACCUGUUAAAUCAGCCCUGGAGUCUGAAUUAAUUAACUUUUAUUCGCCCAAAGACAGUAUUUUGCAAAGAAACCUAGCUAGCAACUUGUCAGCAUUAGCAAGCAAGCCAACCUUAGCUAACAUUAGCUAGCUAAAACGACAAUGUCACAGUAUAUUUAACAAGUCAGGGUUUUUUUUUAGCACAUGGGGCCACUGAUAUCUAAGAUAAUGUUAGCUAGUGUUGCACACUGUUAUCACUAUAGGGGAGCUAAAGAGAGCCACUCGGGAUUGCACAUGAACUUCACAUCCUUUGAAUUUUCCCUGAAGUUUCAUUCCAAGUCCUUUACUUAGAGAUCAGUCCACAGGCAACAGGCCACAGGAAAGUCUCAGGUUUUAAGUUACAUUAAAAUCUGUUCACAAAAUGUUUGUAGGCUAACGGAAACACAGCAUGUGCUUUGUGUUGUGGUGAGUGCCAGUUGUUUGUUGGCGUUAGCGGACUUAUUUCCUAGCUAAUGUUAGCCAGCGUUGCACACUGUUAGCACUGUAGUGGAGCUGCAGAGGCAAAGCACGGCUUUGGAUUUUUUCACAAAAUUCGUCCUGAGUCCUUUUAUGUAGAAGUCAGUUCACAGGCUGUUACAGGCAAUCGACAAAGUUGGGGAAGAUCUCCAUUUUUAGGUUACUUUAAUAUGUUCAUCCUUUGGCAAUAAAGAAAACGGAAAAAAAAACAUAAAAACAUUAUAUGUGUAAAGUUACAGAAUAAAACUGAACUGAGUUGUUCAUUGAUAUUUACAGUGUCAGAGGGAUUUUUUAUUUAUUAUUUUUUUAAAUUAUCUUUCCAUUGUAAUUCAUUAUGUGUUUCUGUGCAGCUGCACUCAGCAGCUAGAAAAUGAGAUUUCAGCUUCAACUGGAAACUGUGUCAUGAAGCUGAACCUGAGGGCACUUUUGUUUUUGAUUUGUUUUGAUGUUGUAACUUUAAAAUAUAAGGGCUGAAGAGUUGCAGUUAUAGUCGUAAAACUAACUGUUGGAGUUAAAGUAUGUGUUGCUUUGUACAUCAUGCCUCAGUCACACAGUCAUGGAAACCUGCUGUGAGGCACUUUCCUGUCACCAAAGCUUGAUUGGUACAUUAGUGUACUUGUACCUCCCUAAACAACAGUUGUUUUUUUUCCUGAGCUUUCAGCUGCAUCUCACGGUCUUUAUCAGUUAACAGAGUUUUUUCUCUUGCUGUGGAAGUAGUGUUGAAUAUAAUGGAAUAUACCAGUUUGAUUUGCUACAGCACCACUUAUCUAUAAUUUUAACAGAUGCCAGAAUUCAUGUCUUAACAUGUUCUUCAC